AUGCGUUCCCCUAUCUUAAGGAGCGCUGCCUCGACUGAGAAAAAUGAUCAAUUAAGGCUUUCACAAAUAUGUUAUUUAUCAAACGGAAAUUGUACAAAUGAUCAAACUUCUACAACAACAGUUGUAUCAUCAAUUGCAUACACCGAUCCAUGGAGUGAAAUUGAUUUAAGAAAUCAACAGAUUUUACAUCCGUUAAAUCAAAAACAAUACUUCAAUGGACAUGGACGUUUUGCAAACCAUCAAAAUGGAUAUUCAUCGAAUUUUGAUAUGGAAAAUUUUCCACCCUGUAGUCGUCGUCAUUCAAGAAAUAUUCAACAACAACAAAAUUCAUCACAGGAUGGUCAAAUGGAUCAUUGGUCACAAAUAUUUGAUUCAUCUUCACGUUAUUAUAUUGGUGAUUCGAAUAAAAACAAAUAUGAUAAUUCAUUUCUACUUGGUAAUAGUAUCGUUAAAUCAAAUAAAGAAGAUUUAUUAAUUGCACUAGAUUGUAAAAGAUUGGAUAAUGGAAAAUUUAUAAAUAAAUAUGGCAUUGUAUUCGAUGAACAUGGACCAUUUUGGCCAAAAGAAUUUAAAAUUUUACAUCCAACACCGAAAUUAGAUUCACAUUUACAUCAAAAUAAAGAAUAUUAUUUAAUGUUGCCCGAUCUAAGUAAAAAACCAUUUCAAGUCUAUUUUAAAAUGAAAACGAUUCGAAUUGGUCAAUCGAUAUGGUCUCGAGAUGAUUUUAAUUUAACAAAUCCGAUUAAAAUUGAUAAUAGUUUAAAUGUGUUUGAUGAUGAUAAUGAUGAAGAGGAAAUUUGGAAAAAUAAUAUUGUUAGUGAUGAUAGAAUUCAAUCAAGUAAAAAAUUAUUUUUAAAUUUUCAUGCUCAUAGUCGAUUAUUUGAAGAACGUAAACUGUUAAUGUCAGAUGGUUCAAUUAAAAUUGAUUAUUGUUUUAUUAAUACAAGAAUUAUUGUUGAUAUGCAUGGUCCUUUCUGGCCAAUGGCUCAUCCUAUUAAACAUCCAACACCAUCAUUUAAUGUUAUCUCAAUUAAUGAAAAUAAUAAUUUAAAAAAGAAUAACAAUCGAAAUAAAAUUGUUAAACAGUAUUAUACAUGUUCAUCCCACCCUACAAAUCAUCAACAGACAUAUGAUAAUCAGCCAGCUAUGCUACGAUAUACGGAUACAUUAAAACAUUCUAUGCUCAUUUAUGAUAUGGAAAAAUCUCAUCGUAAUCAAGUACCAAAACGAAGUGAAAAUGAACAACUUUGUCCACCAUUAAUAUUUGAAUCGAGAUUUGAAGGAAUGCAAAUUUUAUUGUUUUCCGAACUUGGUGCUAAAAAGGAACAACAAGGUUGGCACCGUGUUGGCCAUCAUAUUAAUUACAGUGAAUAUAAACAGCGAUCAUACAAUCCAUUAUUAGAAAGAGAUUUAAAUUAUUUUGAAUUAGAUUUUCAAACAGAAUUUUUAUAUACAGGUGAUACUUGUUUUAUUGCUCAUUGUUAUCCAUACACAUUUACCGAUUUAAAAGAUGAUCUUGAACAUUUAUCAUUAACUCGACCACGUGAUAUACUUCGUCGCGAUGUUUUAUGUGAAACAAGAGCUGGAAAUAGUUGUUUUAUCAUGACAGUGACAGAUGAAUCUGUACCGUUAACACAGAAAAAAUUUGUAUUUAUUACGGCACGAGUACAUCCUGGUGAAACAAAUGCAAGUUAUAUGAUGCGUGGUUUACUUGAUUUUAUCACUUCUGACGAUAUGGCUGCACAAAAAUUAAGAAAACUACUGGUUUUUAAAAUUGUACCAAUGCUAAAUCCAGAUGGUGUAAUAAUUGGAAACUACAGAUGUUCAUUAACGGGUAAAGAUAUGAAUCGAAAUUUUCGACAUCCAAGACAGCAAACAUUUCCCACAAUUUAUCAUAUCAAAGAACUUAUAGCAAAUUUACAAAAACAACAAUAUGAAAUUUUAGCAUUUUGUGAUUUACAUGGACAUAGUCGAAAAUCAAAUGUAUUUGCCUAUGGUUGUGAUGGAUGUGAUGGAACCAAUCGUGAUAUGAAAAACUUUUUAAAUGCUAGAGUAUUACCAUUUAUUAUGUCAAGAACGGCACCUGAAAUGUUUGCAUUUGAUUAUUGUAAAUUUCAUAUUGAUCGAUGUAAAGAGUCAACUGGCAGAGUGGUCAUGUGGAAAGAAAUGUGUAUUAAAAAUAGUUUUACAUUAGAAGCAUCGUUUGCUGGAUCUAGUAUUGUAGAGAAACCAUGUCAUUUUAACAUAAAAGAUUAUGAAGAUUUCGGACGUUGUAUAUGUCAUUCAUUACAUCAUUACAUGGAAGCAUUAGCCGAUUCAAAUCGUCUCAAUUCUAUUUUUUCUGAUAUUACACACAAUGUUCUAAAAAAAUUAGGCAAAGAAAAAGUACCCGUUUCUCUACUACCGACACUUUAUCCUGAUGAUGUUUCUGGUGUCAAAAACGAAGACAUAAUGGGAUCGUUGAGUGAUUGUCUUGACGUAUUGCAACAAUGUCAAGAUACUAUAGCUGUCGAUGUUUCAAGUUCGUCUGAAAGUGAUUCAGAUCCCGAAGGUGAACUACCAGAACAGUUGUUUCACAAAGAAGUAAAAAAGAAACAGAAAAAGAAACGUACAGAAAAAGUCUAUGAUGACCGAAUUCAAAAAUUGACAAAAAAACGAGAAACUGAAGUUAACUCGAGAGUGAUACCACCGCGCGGCGCAUUAUUUCAAAGUAAAUAUGCCAAAAGAUCUGGUGGAGGAUUGCCCAUAUUUACAACCGAACGUGCACAAGAACGACGACAUAGAAGAGUAAUUCCACAAGCCGCACAACAUAAUAUUCACUAUGACCGAGAAGAGACGGAUGGUUAUGAGACUGAUGAUCCAGGUGAUAAUUCUAAUAAAGAUCCAUGUCGUGAAAUUAAUCAAACAACAUCAAGUAUAGAUUCUAGCGUAACUUUAAAACGAACCGCAUCGCUUGUUGCAUUGAAUAUUAAUGAAAAUCCAGCAGAAAAUGCGUUGUUACAUCAAUCAACAAUGAGUUUCAAACCACUUCCAUUACGAAAUCCGCGUACACAUCGUCCAAUGGGUAAUCGUUCAAGAGUUGAUAAUCAUCAACAAGAUAUAAAUCGACAUAAUACGGAAUAUGGUAACAAUCAUCAAAUUGAAUCACAACAUUUACAAUCUCCAACAGUUAGUAUUCCCAAUCUACUCGAUUUUAGUAAAUCCCGUCAAAGAGAACGAAACGAAUCAUUAAAUAUGUCAUUGCCACCCGAUACAUUGUCGUUAACAAGAUUUUUUGAGACUCAGACAGAUGUACUUGGCAAUAAUACUAGUACAGAUCGUUAUCGUCCUUUAUUUGAAACAGCACCAAAUACGCUAAAACCAUUCGUGAAAAAUGAAUCAAAAUGGUUACGUUUGACUCAACGAAAUUCAAAACGUCCCUUAUCGACAUUACAAAAACAUCAGCCAUUAUUAGCAACAACAACAAUUGAAAAUGUCAUAAGGGAUCGAAAAUCUCAUCAUGACAAUAAUCAUAAUCAAGAUGCUGUUGAACGUGUUAAUCAAAUAUUAAAACAAUUAUGUCUACCAGAUCGAAAAUAA